GGUGAAUGUGCCGAAACAACGUCGCACCUUUUGCAAGAAAUGCAAGUGCCACAAGCCACACAAGGUGACACAAUAUAAGAAAUCCAAGGAGCGUAAAGGUGCUCAAGGCAGACGUCGUUACGACAGAAAACAACAAGGUUUCGGCGGUCAAACUAAGCCCAUCUUCAGGAAGAAGGCUAAGACCACCAAAAAGAUUGUGUUGCGUAUGGAGUGCACUGAAUGCAAAUACCGCAAGCAGACACCUCUGAAGCGUUGCAAACAUUUCGAGUUGGGUGGUGACAAGAAGCGCAAGGGACAAAUGAUCCAGUUCUAAAUUACUCGCCUCAAUAAAUUCCACGCACCAUCUACUUUUAUUUUGUUUUACUGUUUCGUACCAAUGCGGGCUGCUUAGAAAGUGCUUUGUUUAAAAGUAUUGUUUUUAAGUAGCUCAAAAAGAAAUAAAAGAAAUGCUUAAAGCAAUGUUUUUUUACUUAAAACAUUGAAUUAAAAGAAAAUAC